AUGGAACCAACACGAAACGGGGUUGUCUUCUUUGAUCUGGACGGCACACUUUUCGACCACUGCCACUCACUACGCCUUGCUAUAUCCGCCGUACAGAGUAAAUAUACCGGGCUUGCGGGGAAAAGUGUUGAGGAAUUGAUCGACAAGUACAACAUCGCCCUUCAACAAGCCUAUGAUGAAUACCUGAACAAGGUGAUUACGUACGAAGAGGCAGACGUUCGGAAGAUUCACCUGUUCUUCGCAGCACUUUAUCUGCCCGAACCCAGCCUUGACGAGGUUCGGGAGUUCCGUGAUGUAUAUAAGGCAGUAUACAGAGCGAAUCGGAGAGCAACCCCAGGAAGCAUCAAGACUCUGGCUCGGCUUCGUGAACAUGGAUACCGCAUUGCCAUUAUCACCAACGGGCAGAUCAAAGACCAGACAGCCAAGGCUGAGGUUAUUGGCAUACAGCAUCUAAUAGAGCGAAUCAUUACUUCUGAGGAAGCUGGCUAUCGCAAGCCCGACCCGCGUAUCUUCCAAUACGCCAUCAAACAGCUUGGCGCCUCUCUCCACACGACAUACAUGGUAGGUGAUUCCGCCUACUCGGAUAUCAAAGGCGCCGUGGAUGCACAGAUGGCCGCCAUUAUGUACUCCCCUACAGCCCAGGACUCCCAACGGCUUCUGUUUGGACAGCAAAUCCCAAUCAUCCAUCACAUGGCGCAGCUACCUGGCCACUUCGGUAUCACUAGCCACCCAUUCGAGUCGCGGUUUACCUCCACUCCGGUCCCAUCGACAAGACAAUGA